AUGUAUGUUGGCUACAUUGGGCUAGCAAUUACGCAGUCUAUUUCUCUAGUGGGACUAUUUCAGUACGGAAUGCGAACUUGGACCGAGCUCGAUUCACAAAUGACUUCCGUGGAACGUGUGGUUGAGUAUUCUAAACUUUCACCGGAACAAGACACUGGUACAAACACUCCUCCUCCAGACUGGCCGAAGACAGGAAAAAUUGCUUUUCGGUCAGUCUCGAUGCGGUACCCUGGGGGUUCUUCACCUGUUUUAAAAAGAAUUUCCUUUGAUAUAAGAUCCGGUGAAAAAAUUGGUGUUGUUGGUAGAACCGGCGCCGGAAAAAGCUCUCUUAUUUCCGUCCUGUUUCGCCUGUUUCCCUUCCAUGGUCACGUUAUUAUAGAUGGAAUAGACACCAAAUCGAUACCACUGGCUAUUCUUCGAUCAAAAAUCUCCAUUAUUCCUCAAGACCCGGUACUCUUUUUGGGUACCCUUCGCCAAAACGUGGACCCUUUUGAAGAAUACUCGGAUUCCCAACUAUGGAAUGAGUUAGAAGAAGUGGAACUGAGAGGAAUGGUUGCUAACUGGGGCUCGGGUUUGAAAACAAUUAUUCUAGAGGGAGGUUCCAAUGUUAGUGUUGGUCGGAGGUAG